UGCUCAGUCCAAGGAACGGCUUCGUCGGUAACAGUCACGUUCUUCGCUAUCCCGCGAAUCGAAAUCUUGAGACUUGCUCUCGCGGACGCGGUCACGGUGAAGUCGGCGUUCCAUUCCGGCCAAGAUCCUUCUCGGUCCGUCACCAAUCAACCGUCGGUACGCAAUGGCUCAAUCAAUGCACUUUGCACGCGUCUCGAUCAAGGUGCAGGGUGUUGCCCUCUGUUUGCUGCUGGCAUGCGUACUCCAGAAUGCCGUGGUGCAUUCGAGCGAGAACGCUCCAUCGACACCGGAGGAAGUGCAGGACGGCGUGAUGGAGAGUGCCGAGCCACUGGUCGAAACGAAACCGAUCGAAAUGGAAGGGUUAGGUCUCGAGGCGCGCAUGGCUCUUCCUGAUACCAAAGAGAUAGUGGAUGAGAAUAAAAUGAUAGGAGCGGUCAUCAAUAAGGAAGGCGGUUUAGAUCCAGUUUAUCCGGCCAACCGAUCCGCGCUGGGGAGAAGCAAAAGAGAAGCUCUUUAUGUCCUCAAACCUAAUGCAGAUACAACGAAAGCAAAGUUUGGUAGUGACUCCUAUCCUCCCAACUAUCCGAUUAAAGCGAUUCUGAAGAAAGUGCACGGUGCAGGGUACGAGAACGUGUUUUCGAAGGAGAUUGUUAUUCAAAAUCUAACAGAUCGCAUCGACGAUCCCACCGGAGGAUACAUGUGCACGUCGAAGAUGAGUCAAGAGUAUCCUACCUACGACCCCAAUACCAAAACGUAUAUCGUGAACGUGAAGGGCUUCUAUCAGGGCAUCGUCUUCGAUGUGUGCAAUGAGGUUGGCAAAUUGUGCAGUGAAAUCUGCCAUUCCAUGCCUAGCGAAUUCGUUUGCCAUCAAAGUUAUGGCACUAUGGAGGUCGUUGUUGCACGCGAACAGAAGAAGGGCGGUGAAGUGGAGCUAAGCCUCGCGAGAAUCGGUUACCCUUCCAGCUGUAAGUGUCAACGCGUGCAGCGCAAGGAUUCAUUGCAGGCCAAGGGUUAAACGACGAACGAUACCACGCUAUCAGAAGCUGCAACGCAUCCCCUACUUUGGAAUGAUUAGCUUUCCCCUGAUUUGACCUGAAACCGGUCAGAGUCGCUUUUUCUUAUUUGACUGGUAGACCGUACGCUACUCUGAUUAAUCUGUACCACGGCGAGUUUCGCAAGAAAUAAGCAAAUAAUAAAAACAACCC